ACUCGAUCGUCCACGACGCUGUGCAAUCGUAUCUACCGUAAACUGAUAAACGGCUCCUUCUACGUGCCCCCAAAAAAGAAACAGUAAAUCCCCAAUUCAAUUUCUGAAAUACCAAAAAUCGACGCCGAAGAACCAUGGAGGCAAUCGAAGUUGAGAGAGGAGGAAGCGGAUACUCACUGAAACCAUCGCGAUUAAACAGCGAAGACAUUCUCUUCUGCAUAGAUGUGAACCCUGAAUCUUCGGUUGAGAUCAAAACCACCGGCUCUAAUGGACGACCCAUCACCAGAAUGGACUCCAUUAAGCAAGCAAUUCUUCUCUUCGUCCACGCCAAACUCUCCAUGAAUCCUGACCACCGAUUUGCUUUCACCACCGUCGCCAAAUCUGCCAUUUGGCUCAAAAAAGAGUUUAGCAGUGAUAUUGCAGCUGCAGAGGCUGCAGUCAGGGGACUUGGUGCUACUACCCCUUGCAGUCAUGCCGAUCUUACCAGUCUUUUCCGAGUAGCUGCUCACGAAGCAAGAAAGUCAACCGCCCAGAAUCGUAUUCUAAGAGUGAUUCUUAUUUAUUGCAGAUCAUCGACACGACCCCAACAUCAAUGGCCUGUGAACCAAAAAGUCUUCACUUUUGAUGUUAUAUACCUCCACGAGAAGCCCGGACCUGACAACUGCCCACAGGAGGUGUAUGAUGCCUUAGUUGAUGCCCUUGAUCAUGUCAGCCAGUAUGAAGGCUAUAUUUUCGAGAGUGGCCAGGGAAUUGCACGUAUUCUGUACCGUUGUAUGUGUCUGUUGUUAUCACACCCCCAGCAGCGAAUAUCACUAGAUGAUCUAGAUAUACCAAAGCCUCUUACAAAGAAAUUGCCUCCCGCUGAUUCUGUUCCUGCGGCCGAAGUUGUCCCUGUUACCAGCCAGUGAAACAACUAGGGGCUGAAAACAAUGGUGGAAACCUGGAUUGUUGUUGUAGCUUAAUGUUACCUCACUUGUUCAUCUGUAUUCUGAUGUUUUUUUGGCUAUUUCUCUUUCUGUUGACAGAUUAAGUUUUGUUUAAUGUACAUAAGGUCAAGUUUAUGCGAUAAUAGAGACAACGGUCUAAUGGUAUGAUAUUCAUCUUUGUCAUGUUCAGAUUA